AUGGACCCUUCACAGGCAGCUUCGAGCAAUGUAACAGUUGAAUACACGGAUCCAUCUGGUUUGUUUCCGCUUAUACAACCAGUUAUCGAAGCAAAACUUCCCCUAAAGAAUCUCCACUGGAAAUCGCCAACCCGCCCCGUGCGGUCGAUUGAGUCUCUCCGCAUUGGCUUCACCCCCGCGCAAGAAUCGAACGAGCGAAAGUCUUCUAGCGAUGCUGUUCCCGGCGCAAUCGCCCACCGCCGACAUCAGAUACCCGGUCUACGGCAGACGCCGUAUCUGAAGGUUUACCUCCUCCGUUGCGACGACAACGAAACCUACAAGGCGACGGCACGACGGAACCUGCGUGAAUGGAUCAAGGCCAAUGCGCCUUCGCAGAGCUCGCAGUCUGCGAUUGCCAGUCAGGAAAAGCACGAUGCGUUUGAGUGGUUGAUUCUACACGUGGUGCCGGACAGUGAAGCUGCGGAGAAAGCAGCCGUGUCUACCUCUAAAUGGGGUCGAGGCUCAACCUCUGUGCUUGAGAAGGUGAAAGCCGACUUCAAUGGCACGUCCAAGUCCGCUACAGACCGGGUAGGUCAAUUGCGUCUUUCGAAGCCCGGGAUCAAGUCUCCCGAGUUGAAUGAACAAUUGGAAGACCUGAUCGAUAAGAUGAAGAAUGGCAUAUUGGCAUCUUUCGAUCUCCGUGUGGCUCAGUAUGAAGAGGAUAUCAAAGAAAAAGACUCUCAGCGUAGCCUGCCUGGAUGGAACUUUUGCACGUUCUUCAUCCUCAAAGAAGGUCUGGCCAGGGGUUUCGAGAAUGUGGGCCUCUUUGAAGAUGCAUUGGCUGGGUAUGAUGAGUUAGGGGUUGGCUUGGACGCAGCUAUCCGGGAUCAGCUCGAGGGAAGUGGUGAUCAGCAUGGUGGUGCACUCUUGACUACCAGUAAUAACUGGACAGAGAGGGCUAAGAAGGCAUUGGAGAGUGGUGCUUCGGACGAAACCGAUGCCAGUCCAUUCACAAUGCUCCAGCCGGAGGAAUUCCCACUCAAUGCCAAUAAGAUGCCCUACCGGGAAAUGAUCUUAGCAAGCGACAUCUCCAUCUUUGAUUUCCGUACAUACAUCUUCGCUCGGCAGCUGACUCUACUGCUCCGAGCUGCACGCGCACCCUCGCUUCCUGGCACUGAGACUGCGGCCGACGGCAAGUCAGGCAAAACGGACAAAAAGAAGCCCGAGGAUCUCAUUUUGCUAUCCGAGAUCUGUAGAAGAUCAACAGAGUUCAUCGGUCUAGCUGCACGUACGCUCCGCUUUGAUCUCCAAACUGGGCUGGCUGAUGUAGCCCAUGAUAGCAAGACCGAUGUUAUCAACAACCUUGUCUCCUCCUGGGCAUUCUUGGUGGCUUUCCAGGUAUUGAGCCAGACGUCCACUCCAACUCUCAGUUUGCCCGAGUCUUCUUUGCAUGCCGUCGCCAAAAGCAGCGAAGCGGCUGCUGUCACGGCUGCGGAUUCUCAGGCUAACGUGCCUCGUCGCACAAGUUCACUUAUUGGUGCGGCAGGCGGUCGCCCUGGUCGACCAGUAACCCAGGAUAUUUCUGAUAAUGUGGGCUUGCUGCAGCGUCGGUCGACCUUGGAUCACCCUCAGCCUGCGCCUGUUAUUACACAAAAGACCGGUUCUGAACAGUUGUCAUCCGGCAGGGCGGAGUUGUUGCUGCUUGCACGACGCUCGCUGGUAGAAAUUGCUCAGAGACGGGGCUGGGCAGAGAGCUGGAACGAUCUUGGUCUUCUCUUCGAUGACCGGCAUCGUUCUGGGGCGAGUGCUUUGGCCGAGGUCUCAUUAGAUGAUGAUAACUCCAAGUCAGAGACAGACUCCAAACCGAAGCAAUCAUCGCUUGUGGGCAUUGAACUUCCUAGCCUCAAAGCUGCACUAGGUUCAAAGGAUGCUUAUUUAUCGGUCUAUGAGGAUCUUACAGACCGAAUGAUCCGUCACCACAUGGCAGCAAACCGCGUCAACUCUGUCGAAUCAGCCCUGGCUGAGAUCGCCAUCCUACGAUAUCGGCAGAAGGACUACGAGUCAGCAGCUUCUUAUUUCCAUCGGAUGGCUCCAUUCUACGGUACUAAAUUCUGGGUUAUCCUGGAAGGAAGCAUGUUGGAACUCCACGCUCGGUGCCUGAAGGAACUGAAGCGGAACGAAGACUACGUUCGGAUGAUGCUACGAUUACUUUCCAAAUUUGCUUCAUAUGCGCAGGCGCAAUUGUCAGCGAGGCAGAAGACCUUGGUCAAUUCGGUGCCCUCGAUUGAGCAGGAAUUGUUGGAUGGACAUGUUAGCGAUUUGUUUGAGGCAUCUGGGGCUCUUCAGAAAGACAUUCCGGCUUCUUUGACGGACUUCUUCGCAGACCUCAAGGUCGAACCAGCCAUUCUACUGUUUGAUGAUCGGGAUGGUUUCCAGAUUCAGCUAUCACUGCGGUUCUUGCUAGGUCGACAGAUUGAAGUUGAUUCUCUCAAGGCUCGUCUAGUCAGCGCAAACACCUCCCAGAACUCUGAACACUGGGUUGAGAGCUCUUCCAAAUUCGUGGUGAAGUCCUCAUCGACACAGAUUCUCAUGGGCUCUUCGACCACGCUACAAGGCAAAUACUUUGUUGACCGUCUCGAGCUAAGGGCCGGUAAUCUUGUCUUCCACUAUAAUAACGGACAGGACUCUGCUCUCCCCGCUGGUUUCCGGGAAACAGAAGAUGCAGAGGAAGCCGAUCAGCGACCAUACAUAUACUGUUAUCCUCCAGCCGACGGUCUUCAGGCAAAGAUUGUAUCGCCACACUUGAUCAAUUUAGAAUCAAUGCGGACGCUUGAAUUGGAACUCAAUAGCGGACGAAAUAAUAUCAAGAGCGGCACAAUUCGUGUCCGACCAGCUACUGCAGGUCUGCGACUCCGUCUUACGGAGACAGAAGUUGUGGAUGGCAAGCUCGAGGUGAAUGCCAACUCCGAGUCUGGUAUCAUCGAGUUCACGCAAUUAGCGGCACACUCAUUCGUCCGGCUCCGCAUUCCUUAUACUGUGGAAGAGGCAUUUACCACACUCUCGGCGCGAGCAGAGAUUGGAUACGAGACCGAGCAAGGCCGAUUCGCUUCAGCCUCGUCAUUCAAUAUUCUUUCCACGCUUCCGAUCUCGGUUAAUGUUCAGGAUAUCUUUAAAGAUGAGCUACUGUUCUCACGAUUUACCGUCAGUCCUGCCAUACAGGUUCCACUGCGUAUCACAAACUGCAGUCUGCCCAGCUCGGACAUCUACAACGUGGAGUCGGGCAUCAACGGCCCUGUCGCCCUUGACGUCUUCCCCAAGCAGCCUGCAUCGCUUCUCUACAAAAUCCGCCCGAAUGGCGGCGAUGCCGGCAAGUCAGCGGCUCGCAGCCUGCGUCUCAGCAUUGAUUUUACAUGUGUGGAUGAUGAAUGCCUGGACGCAAUUGAGAGGCGGUUCGCCGACUCAAUGAACUCCAGUCCAUUCCGUCAAUACGCAGCGCUGCUCACAUCGCACAUGGUCAGCAGCUUCCGUGCGCAGCUAACCACCAAUGACAUGGAGGCCAUUGGACUCAUCCGGGAGGUAGAAAUGCUACCAUACAAAAGCCUACGAUGGGAUGACCUGCUAGGAGCACUCAAAGAACCCGCCGAAGACGUACGGCAGUGGCUACAGGAAUGGCACAAAACCAACCCAACCAUCCACCUCCCUAGUCAGCCAACCAUCCCAACCCGCCGCAUAAUCAUACCCGUCGACGUCCCAGAAAUCCAAGUCGUGCACACAGCAGAACUGCAACUCCAACCAACCCUCCAACCAGGACCAUCAACCCACGCAGCCGUCGGUGAAAUGAUCACCGCCGAACUCAUCUUGCGUCACACGCGCCGCUGGUCCUCCCCAACAACCCGCGACUCCGAACCCGCCGACCAGCCCCUCGAAUGCUCCUACGAGCUACACGCCAACCCCGAACAGUGGCAACUCGGUGGUCGGCGGCGUGGCAACUUCGUCGCCCACGACGGCGAAUCCACCCGGUUCACGGUCCUCCUCCUGCCCCAGAAAGCAGGACACCUCCUCCUGCCCGGCCUGGAAAUCCGCACCUUUUUUCCACCGUCGACUCAGCUGCCUACGUCGCCUGCUGCGGACGCAGCAGUCCCGUCUCGCCGCUCAGUCCCGUGUGAAGUUGAUUACCGGAAUCAUGGAGAGACAGUCCUUGUUCUUCCUGACCUGAGGAAGACUACGGUGAGCUUGAGUGCGUCCGGGGGACCUGCCGGUGCAGGGUCUUGGUUAAUUGAUUCCGAACGUCGGGCUGAGAUUUAG